UUACACACUUGCUAGUUGAAACGAACCAAAAUAAACGACACAAUAAACUAAAUUCAUGUUAUUGAUUGCGUAAGAACGGCACCUUAUCCAUAUUAAUACUCGUAUCAUCGAACAUAAUCCAACCUGCCAUAAAUUAUUAAUCUUGAUUCGCCCUGACCGAAUGUGAGAGUUACUCUCCGCAAUAAUCAAUCAUCAACAAAUUCUCGACACAUUGGUACGACUCGUUUCGGCUGGAACGGAUGUGCUGUUAGUAAAUUUUUUGUUUUGUUUUAUAUGACUAUUGUGGGAACCGUCUAAAUUCGUGUUAGGUCGCUGGCACGCUAGAGGGAAAAACUCGAAAACCAAAAUGCUGGGUAGGCACCACGCCAGACAUAUCUUGAUUUCGUAUCGCCUGUCUGCGGGUCACGUGACGGUUUUCGGGCCAUAUUACUCGUGAAAAUUUUCGCGACAAGUGACGUUGUUUUGAAUUUGCCGCCCGGUUCGUUUUAGAUUUUUUUUGGCGGCGAUGGAUCGUUCUAUGUACGGGAAAUACGUGCCUGGUACUUUGAAUCCCUACCAGUGCUCCAAGAGAAAUGGCACCUCACCUGGAUGUGGAAGGGGCUCGACUAUAAAAGCUCACAAGAAAAUUCCAGUAUACGUCGUAGAAUAUCAUCAAGAAGUCCUUCCGUUCGUUUACAAAAAUAUUGGAUCAAAAUAUCUUCCUCUUGAAGGUUCCACCAUCAUCCAUUUUGAUUCUCACCCAGAUAUGCUCAUACCGAAAGACAUGCCUGCUGAGACUGUGUUUGACAAACAUGCCCUCUUUGAAUGUCUAAGCAUUGAGAAUUGGAUACUGCCAGCGGUUUACGCUGGUCAUUUCAAGAAUUUAUUAUGGAUCAAACCACCAUGGGCCCAGCAAAUGUUAGACUCUAGCCAAACUUUCAAUAUAGGAAAAGAAAUCAAUAGUGGUACUAUACGUGUUGAUUGUAAAGAAAAUUACUUUAUUUCUGAGUGUUUAUACACCCGUACUCAAUGUUUAGAAAGUACGAGAGCUGUUGAUCUGCACGUAGCUACAUUAGGUAACGAGAUUAACGGAAUCGGAGACGAUAUGAGUAUAAUACAUAAAGUUAUUACCAAGUACGAUGCUCCCAUAGUUUUAGAUAUUGAUCUAGACUUUUUCAGCACUAGUAACCCGUUCAAGAAGACUUACGAAAAAGCGUGUCUCUACGAAAGGUUGAAGACCAUAUACGCGUUUGAACUACCUAGUUCUAAGGACGAUGGGACAAUAUCUGAAGUGGUGGAGAGCCGCAAAAAACAACUAGACGAGUUGGAGGGUAUUUUCAAGCAUCUCGAAUCUACCAGAAAAAUGCCAGAUAUCGAGGAGCAAUCAGAGCUUUAUAAAAUGGUUGACGAUUUGAGGAAGGUAAUGUUGGAUAACUACGAAGAUAAGGAUGUUGACUGGCUACUAGUCCACGACGCUGGAUGUACCUGCGACGACUCUGAGUUACCUCAUCACGUGUCUACUGGUGAAGAAUUAAAUAUUAUGUUCAAAAGUUUCAAAUCAUUCUUGGAAAUGAUGCCAAAGUGUCCAGUGAUUGUCACAAUCUCCAGGUCAACUGACGAUGACUAUACACCAUUCGAAAAUGUCGAGUUAAUACAAGAAACAGUUGUGAAACUUUUGAAGGAAACUUUCAAUUGUGACGAACCACUUUUGGAUUAUUUGAAUAAGCCUGAUUCUGAGGAAGAAAAGUGAAAAGUUUUAUGAUAUUCUUGUAUCAUCUAUGCCAGCUAAUUAAUAAUCGGUGUAUCCUCCCCUUUAUGUAGUAAGGUGUUAACACGCCUGGGCAUGAAAACAAUAACGGCGUUAAUGAUAUCAUUUGGAUGUUGCUCCAGUCUUCUUGGGCCGCGAGUGUGAGUUUCUGAAUAGUGAUAGGAGGAUUAAUUCUGUUUGAGAUUGCUCGUUUAACGAAAUCCCACGUGUGCUCAAUGGGAUUCAUGUUUGGUGAAACGAAAUUGGCUCCAAUUUCGUCUCCAGUCGACGUUGUUAGUUCCCUGAUACAAAUGCACUAUUCGUAUAACUGAAGCGCAGGAAAGCCUCAGGCUAUCCGCGAUUUGAUAAUCCCUAUCAUGCAAAACCACUAUUCUGCUCCAUGGAACUCUGAAGUUAUAUUGCCAGGCGUAAUUGCAAAGAAGAACUGAACAAUUACCUAAACACGCUAAAUUGAUUGUUUGAACAUUUGUAUCUAAAAUUAAAAUAAAUUGCUUUUGUAAAUAUUGUUGGAUACCUGGCUUCAGAAAAAAAAACAUAAAAGUUUCGUUACCUC